AAAUGGAGCCUCUCACAGCUACUUAUCCUCUGAAAUACUCAGUGCCCAAAGCCAGGGUCUUCGUUGUCUUCCUGUCGAUGCUUUUGUGCACCGCCAUCCUCUGCCUGCUGCAACUCAGAUUUUUUAAACAUAAAUUCAAAGAUUUUUAUUCUUUUGAAGUCAAGGAUUCACGAGGAAGGACCGUUUCCUUGGAGAAGUACAGAGGGAAAGCAACUUUGGUUGUAAACGUGGCCAGUUACUGCCAACAUACAGACAAAAAUUACAUCGCACUGCAGGAACUACACAGAGAGUUUGGUCCCUCCCACUUCACUGUGCUGGCUUUUCCUUGCAACCAGUUUGGAGAAUCAGAGCCUAGUUCAAGCCAGGAAAUAGAAUCUUUUGCCAGAGGAAACUAUGGAGUAACCUUCCCUGUUUUCCACAAAAUCAAGAUUCUAGGAUCAGAAGCAGAGCCUGCCUUUAAAUUUCUAAUAGAUUCUUCAAAGAAAGAGCCUCGAUGGAAUUUCUGGAAGUACCUUGUCAACCCUGAGGGUAAAGUUGUGAAAUUCUGGAGACCAGAAGAGCCCAUAGAAAGUAUCAGGCCAGAAGUAGCAUCAUUAAUCAGGCAGAUUAUAAUGAAAAAAAGAGAAGACCUCUGAAAAAGACCACUCACACUGUGAAUCUGUUCAACAGUGUGAGCACAGCCUUACUACAUUCCUGGGAAAUGCUGCUAGAAGCUAAACCAUCAGGAGAUUUUACUUCUAUUUGGUGCUUGUAUUUUCAGCUACACUAUGUCUGUUAAAUUUGGACUGGCUCCUGCACAGGCCUUGAGAACCACUGAGGUU